AUGUCAAGCAGUGACACCCACCAAACAUCACGAACCUCUACAAAUGACGAAACUACCCGAUGGACCCUGGCAGAAACUUUCAUCAGAUUUUGUGGACCUCUACCAACCGGUGACUAUCUACUCGUAGUUAUUGAUGAAUAUUCUCGGUAUCCGGAAGUAGAAAUUCCAAAAUCCACCUCAGCAAAGGCAACAAUACCAAAGUUUGACAAGAUUCUUUCCACCCAUGGCAUUCCGAUAGAAAUAAAAACUGAUAACGGACCCCCUUUUAAUAGUCAAGAAUUUAAGGAAUUUUUAGAAGAACUAGGGUUCAGCCACCGAAAGAUUACUCCACUGUGGCCCAAGGCAAAUGCCGAAGCAGAGAGAUUUAUGCGAACUUUAAGCAAAGCAAUUAUCACUGCACACACUGAGCAGCUCAAUUGGAAAUAA